CUCCAGAUCCCCGUCCGCGAUCGCCGCGUCCCCUCUUUCGUGCGCUUCUGCCGCGCGCGUUCGCAGCCUUGCACGAGGCGUUCCGACCGAGUGCUGUGGGCGGAAUAGGAUGAGGGUGUGAACAGAGGGGUCUGAGCCGCGCUUCGGGGAGCCCGUCCAACAUGGGACAAGCCCGGCUGUGGAGCGUCCUGGGCUGGAUGAGCAUGAUCUGCUGGCAGCUCGGCGCGCCUGCCAGAUACGGUUGCCUGUUUGAGAAGAGACUGUGCUCCAGGGGUCAGCUGUGCCUGGAUGAUGCUCUCUUCGGGCAGUGCCAAGACCCCACGCAGCAGCGGGUGCAGUACCAGGUCUCGGUGCCCGUGCUGCAGAAGCUGCAGGACGUUCUGAAGCAGCUGAUGAUGCAAGGACUUUCCUGGCAGGACGACAUUGUCCAGUACGUCAUCUCCAAGGAGCUGAGCCGUGUUCCGCAGACCCACGUACCCGCCAGACCUCGAGAUGUCCCGCCGUCCCAACCCUCCCAGCCGUGGGACAAGCCCUCCUCGAAGUCUCGGGCCGAAGUGGACCGCCUGAGUCCCGCUGUGGCACAGCGCUAUCUGGACUACAUGGUUCUGUCGGACCAGCCCCAGGCCUCCCUCCACAUGCAGGCACCCGUUGUGGACCCUUACACAUAUGGAAAGUACGGGUAUCAGGAGGAGGAGCGUUCUCUGAACUCUCUGGAUGAAGGUGGAUACCCCGGCUCUUCCUCCCGAUCUGGGGCAGGUGUGUCCCGCCCUGCGGACCGAGACCGGCAGCUGCUGCAGAACCUGCUCUCGCUCUACCUUUCGCCCUCACAGCCAUCCUCCCGCCACGAGGUGGCGACGGCUGUCUCCGCAUCCCCCUUCUACGGGGACCUGGACUUCCCUCUGGACUAUACAGAGGACCUCAUUGUCCAGGAGGAGCAGCUCAGCAGCGAGCGGCAACACAAGAAGGCCCCCCAGCACUACAGCGCCAUCUCUGGGCUGGAUGACGUGACUCUGAACAGAAUGGCUUCGGUGCUGAAGAGGCACGGCAUCGAUGUGAAGUCCCUGUCUUUACAGCAACUGGAUGCCCUGGCCGCUGCCCUGCGGGCCCGACCAAGCGAUGGCCUGGAGGACCCAGAUCGGCUCCAGGGUGUUGAGGUCUCGGAGAAAAAGCUCACGGAAGGUUCCAUGACGCACAAGGCAGAGGGAGCUCCCAUUCCGGCCCCCUCCAUCGCCUCGCUGUCCCUGGCCCUCCAGCCUCUCGGGCAGUCUGUGGAUGCGGGGGCCGGAGUAGCGCUCCCAAGACAGGGGGGUGUGAUGGGGGGUGGAGCCAUGGAGCCAAAGGCCAGCGAGUUGAUUGGAGAUGAGCUGCCGAAGGCGGAGGACUCCAAAGAUGCCAGUCCUGCCCUCGUGACGGGGGUUGGGGCUCCUGUGCGGGAGGAGUACGGGUACAUUGUCACCAGCCAGAGGCCGCUCAGCCUGUUCGACGGCGUGCAGCUGCUGGAAACCCUGGCGAACAAGAUCAAGAUCCCCGUGAGCACUUUUAUUAAUAUCAGCGUGGUGGGACCAGCCCUGAUGUUCCGUCUCCGACAGAACCAGCAGAACAUGAGCGCCAGCGACGUCGCCGAUAGGGCCGUGGCGGAGAAAACCUUCCUGGAGUCGCAGACGGGCCUCAAGAUCCUUCAGACGGGGGUGGGCGAGAGGAGCGAUGGCCGAGGGUUGCCCCAGGCAACGCGGGUUCAGGACAGCUCUCGGCUAGUGAUGCUCACGCUGGUGGGCGUGGCCUGUGUGGGCGGGAUCCUGGUGGUGUCGUUGACCAUCGCCUGCUUGCGCCAUCACGCCCGUCAGCUCGCCGCCGGAAAACUGGGGUUGGGCCCAGAAGGGGGCAGCGACACACACUUUGAGUACCAGGACUUAUGUCGCCAGCACAUGGCCGGCAAGUCAUCAAGCGGACGACAGGAUACGGGUACGGCAGCCGGGGGGGGCGGCACCGAUACGUCCAGGGUGAGCAGUGUGUCGUCGCAGUUCAGCGAUGCCCCCCAGCCCAGCCCCAGCUCACACAGCAGCACCCCCUCCUGGUGCGAGGAGCCGGCGCAGUCCAACAUGGACAUCUCCACCGGUCACAUGAUCCUGGCCUACAUGGAGGACCACCUGAAGAACAAGGACCGCCUGCUCAGGGAGUGGGAGGCCCUGUGCUCAUACCAGGCUGAGCCGAGCUCCGUGUCCGUCGCCCAGAGUGACGUGAACCACAAGAAGAACCGCAACCCCGAGUUUGUGCCCUACGACCACUCUCGGGUGAAGCUGAAGGCCGAGGUCAACCCCUCCAGGGGCGACUACAUCAACGCCAGCACCAUAAUUGAGCAUGACCCCAGGAUGCCGGCCUACAUCGCAACCCAAGGACCCUUGUCACACACCAUCUCAGAUUUCUGGCAGAUGGUGUGGGAGAGCGGCUGCACGGUGAUCGUGAUGAUGACAGCGCUGGUGGAGGACGGUGAGAAGCAGUGUGACCGUUACUGGCCAGAUGAGGGCUCAUCCCUUUACCACAUCUAUGAGGUGAACCUGGUCUCGGAGCACAUCUGGUGCAACGACUUCCUGGUGCGCAGCUUCUAUCUGAAGAACGUCCAAACUCAGGAGACCCGUACCCUGACACAGUUCCACUUCCUGAGCUGGCCAGCCCAGGGCAUCCCCACUUCCACACGCCCCCUGCUGGACUUCCGCAGGAAGGUAAACAAGUGCUACCGCGGUCGAUCCUGCCCAAUCAUCGUGCACUGCAGCGAUGGCACAGGCAGAACUGGAACGUACAUUCUGAUUGACAUGGUUCUCAACCGCAUGGCCAAAGGAGUGAAGGAAAUUGACAUCGCUGCCACUCUGGAGCACAUUCGAGACCAGAGACCGGGUAUGGUGCGGACCAAGGACCAGUUUGAGUUUGCCCUGACGGCUGUGGCAGAGGAAGUAAAUGCCAUCCUGAAAGCUCUGCCCCAGUGAGCCUUGCAACCUGUGCUCCCCCAUCCCACCGCCCCUUACCAUUCUUUACCUCAUUUCCCCCCGUAAGCAGCAAAAUAACAACCAAAAAUAUCCCCAUGCAGUUACUUUCUCGUUUUCUCUCAUGGAUUUGCACGGAUUUGUGUUCAAUGCCCUUUUGACAGCGUAGCCCCUAAGUCCUCCAUGACAUGGAGACACAACAACAAAUCCCCAAAUCAGGAGGACCUAUUUCCUUCACACUUGGUCAUUUUGGAUGGCAUGAUUCAAAACAUAUCUGGCCCUCACACCAUCAUCAAUGACAUUAGAUGCUAGAUUGAUACAUUUAGCUCAGAAACAUCAGAUGACCCCCACAGACUGACCUUUUGUUGCAACAAGUUCAAAGCAACCAAUCCUGGUGACAUUUUUACUUAGCUUUUAAUUAUUCUUUUAUGAGACUUUAACUGGAAAACAUUAGCUGGAGAUGCAUCUUACUCGAUUUACACUUUAAUUUAAGGUCAAAACUUCUAAACGUCAGUCAGUCGUUGUGCUUAUAAGCAGUGUAACAGAUGUCCCCCUACGGCUCCUGUGCUCAAUUUAAGAUCAGCUGCAAAAAAGAUUUGGCUGCUGAUUGAUGGGAAGCAGGAGGUGGGUCUAUACUGCACCAGCUGCCCUUGUCCAACAGCAGACUGUUGGUUUAGAGAAGUCCUUCUACCGCUCCCUCUACAUACUCCAAGAGCCCCACCCGCCACUCUACGCUCAUUCAGAUUCAACUUGCUGUGAACCAUUUACCCUCCUUGCAAAUGCUAUUAUUCUAUUAUCUCUGUAUUCCUGUAGCAAAUAAGUAGAAAACAUGAAAAAAAAAACUGACAAAAAAAUCUUUUG